CGGUAAGCUCUGCUCUCCGCUCCCUUUCUGCCCAUGCCCUCUUCCUGUUCGUGCUUAUGUCUGCUUGAAUUUAGUAGUGCUAUAAUUAUACUGUACUAGUGUACUGGUUCUAAUAAACCUUUGGAGAGAGUUCCUCUUGCUCACUGAUGCUUACUAGUCAGUCUAGUCCAUAGAUUUGCUAGGAAGCUCCCAAGAAAGAAGGGAGCCGGAUCGGUAAAGAAUGCAGUAUUCGCUUGGAUCUACCCGUUUAAUUAGGUAGUCUAUUCCAUCACUAUAAGCCCACUAAGUGGGGCUUGUCACGACCUCACGACACAUCACACCACUCAGUUCUUGGUCAAUGAUCGGCAAAACAGAAGAAAUUUCAUCCUGGAGUCGCUUUCGUCGGUUGGGCUAGUGUUGACUCCAGAGAAAAAAUACAAUUCAUGCCCAGAUUACUACUCCAAUUCCAGUCCAGCUCCUUAUCUUUCGUUUUAUUGCUGAAUUGCCAGCUACAAGAUUUCCUAGCAGCUACUUCAAUACUUUUGCUAACCCCCGUUCUCAAUUCUCACCGUCUCUCCUACCAUGGCCUUGGCUUUCGCCGGCAAAUCGGUGGCUGUGUCGGCCAUCUCCAUGAUUGUCCGCAAGUCUUUCGAUUACCUUGAGAAGUAUGCGAAGGCGGAGGGGAUGAAGUCGGUGCAGGAGCGGCUUGAGAGGACUCUCCCACAAGUCCAAGUUGUCUUUGAUGCAAUUGAUAUGGAGAGGAUAAGGGAUCAGAGCGAGGCGCUUGAUGCCUGGCUUUGGCAGCUCAGGGAUGCCGUCGAGGAGGCAGAGGAUGUGCUCGAUGAGGUGGAGUACUACAAGCUUGAGAAAAAGGUGAAAACUAGAGGUAACAAGGUGAGCAGCUCUCUGUACAAGUGCAAGAGGGUGGUUGUUCAGCAAUUCAAUAGUACUUUUAAGGCUGGAACUUUUAAGAGAUUGUUGGAUGCCAUCAGAAAACUUGAUGAAAUUGUUGUUGGUGUGGAGCGUUUUGUUCUACUCGUGGACCGGCUGGAUUCUUGUACUUCAAGGCACGUAUGUCAUCAGGAGGUUAGUAAUCCUCGUGAGACUAGCUCCUUCAGUGUUGAUGAAAUUGUAAUUGGCCGUGAUACUGAGAGGGUUAAGAUUGUUGAAUGGCUGAUUGAACAAGACAACGUUCAUGACCAUGAUGUUUGUGCUGUAAAUGCUUUUUCUAUAGUUGGCAUAGGUGGCAUGGGCAAGACCACGCUAGCACAGGCAAUCUACAAUGAUCAAAGAGUGAAGCAGUGCUUUGAUCAGGCUAUGUGGAUUUGUGUGUCCAAUGACUUUGAUGUCCCUGCUCUGAUGAAAAAGAUUAUACAAGAAAUCACUAGAGAAGGUACUAAUGUUACUAAUUUCAAUACACUUCAAGAAAUCGUCAGAGAGAAUCUGAAAUCCAAGAAGUUCCUUCUUGUAUUUGAUGAUGUAUGGAAUGAUGAGAGAAGGCCUGACUGGGAGAAACUAGUAGCUCCUCUGAAAUUUGGUCAAAAGGGAAGCAAAAUCUUAUUGACAACCCGGAUGGAAUCAGUGGUAGAUAUUGUUGAAAGGGUACUAGGAGGAAGAACCAAGUCUCUACGAUUGGAGGGACUGCAUGACAAAGAUCUUUUAGCAAUUUUUAACAGGCAUGCUUUUUUCGAAGUAAAUCCUGAUGAUUAUUUCAACCUACAGGAGAUAGGCAAGAAAAUUACUAGGAAAUUGAGUGGAUGCCCAUUAGCAGCAAAGAUCAUGGGUGGGCUGUUGAACAACUCUCUGGAUAGCAUAUACUGGAACAGAAUGCUUAGAGAAAAUAUCUCUAAUAUUGAGCAUAAUAGUGAAGGCAUUAUGAAAAUUUUAAGAUUAAGUUAUCAUCAUCUGGCCCCACAUCUACAGGCUUGCUUCAGAUAUUGUGGCAUGUUCCGAGAAGAUUACUGGUUUCGAAAGGAUGAGCUGAUUAACUUUUGGAUGGGUUCAGGACUAAUUCAGCUAUCUGCAAAUGAAAACCAGAGGCCAGAGGAUAUAGGAGAGUUUUAUUUGGGUAUACUAACAAAGAAGUCUUUCUUUGAACUGCAGUUAAACAAAUCCACUAAUUUGUAUGAAGGCUAUGGUGAGUGUACUAAUGAACACUAUGUUAUGCAUGAUUUAUUGCAUGAACUUGCACGUACGGUUUCCAGAAAGGAGUGCAUGAGGAUUUCUAGUGAUGAAUAUGGCAGUAUUCCGAGAACAGUUCGGCAUGCAGCAAUUAGCAUAGUAAAUCAUGUAGUGAUCACAGAUUUCUCUUCGCUUAAGAACUUGCGGACCCUCCUCAUAUCAUUUGACAAAACAAUACAUGAAAGGGAUCAAUGGAUUGUACUGAAAAAAAUGCUGAAGUCAGCAACAAAACUGCGUGUUGUGCACAUACAGAAUUCGUCGCUUUUCAAGCUGCCUGACAAAUUUGGUAAUUUAAUGCACCUUCGCUAUCUGUAUCACUCGGAAUCGCAGAAGAAAGUGGGGAAAUAUUCCUUUUGGUGUCCAUGUUCUAUAUACAAAUUAUAUCAUCUUCAAAUGAUACAGUUGAAUAGAUGUCUGUUGGUAUCCUGGCGAUUGGGAAAUCUAAUUAGUCUGAGACAUAUAUACUUUUCUGGUACUAUAUAUGGAUUCUCCCCUUACAUUGGGCAUUUGACUUCCCUUCAAGACCUACAUGAAGUUAAUGUCCCACCUAAGUGUGGUUUCAUAGCAAGCGAGCUCAUGGAUCUGAAAGAUCUCCGCUAUUUGUGUAUCCGUUGUCUUGAGAAUGUCAAUGCAGACGAAGCUACUUUGGCUAAGCUGGGUGAAAAGGAAAAUCUCAUUAUGUUGUCACUCACUUGGAAAAACAGCCAACAGGAAUCAGACACAGAGGAACGAGUACUGAAUAACCUUCAACCUCACAUGAACCUCACCAAGUUAAAGAUCAAAGGAUAUAACGGUUCCAGAUCUCCAUGUUGGUUGGGAAACACCACUAUCAUCAAUUUGACAUAUCUCUAUAUCUCUAAUUGCAGUUACUGGCAGCAUCUUCCACCUCUAGGCGAACUUCCUUCCCUGAAAUAUCUGUACUUAAUCUGCUUGAACUCAGUGAAAAGAAUAGAUAGUUCCUUCUACGGGUGUGAGCGACCUUUUGGCUUCCCAUCUCUUGAGUAUCUAUUUAUUGAACAUCUUCCAGCACUAGAAGAGUGGGUUGAAAUGGAAGGCGAGCAUCUGUUUCCCCGGCUUAAGGCACUAGUCGUCAGACACUGCAAAGAAUUGAGAAAUGUACCAACACUACCAUCCACUGUUAAUUAUCUUGAAAUGGAUAGUGUUGGUUUGACUACUCUUCAUGAACCCUAUGUGCCUAAUGAAAAUGCAGAACCCCAAAAGCCAUCACUCUCCAGGCUGAAGAUCUGUCACUGCCCAUACCUGGAAACACUUGAGCAACUUAACCAGUUUCUUUCUCUGGAGGAACUACAUAUUGAACAUUGUGAAAAUCUUGUUCAAUUGCCGAUGGAUCACUUACAGAUGCUCUCCUUUCUAAAACACAUGACAGUGUUGGGAUGCCCAAAGUUAAUGGUCCCUCCGGCAACCAUCAGGUUGCCGUUGCCAACGAAAAAACUUCAUGUUGGGUCAUGUGGUACUUAUGAGACUUGUCUGGUUAACUCAUUGUGUGGUCUUACUUCUCUUACUACUUUGAUGCUAUAUGGUUGUGAUAUAGCAGCACUUCCACCUGUUGAAGUGUGCAAGAGUUUGAUAGCGCUAAGUUGUUUGGAAAUCGUAAGCUGCCACGAACUUGCGGAUUUAAAUGGCAUGGAAGAGCUAACAUCCCUCACAGAGUUGAAGGUGAUUGGGUGCAACAAGCUUGAAGAGCUUCCUGUCGUUUCAUCUCAGCGGUUUCAAGCCUCUGAACACAACCAAGUUGUCACUGCCUGUACUUCAUACCUUAGGAAACUUAAGAGACUGCAAAUUAGCGAUCCAUUUGUCUUGCAAUGGGCCCCACUGAGAAGCGUCACCUCAGUUACAAAUAUGACCAUCAACAGCUGUAGAUGCUUACCUGAGGAGUGGUUGAUGCAAAACUGCAAUAAUCUUCAACGCAUUGGAGUGAGGGAUGCUUCCCAUCUGGAAUUUCUGCCCUCAAUCAUGGCAAGCCUCACCUCCCUUGAAUCCUUAGAGUUUACAAGAGUUAUGUUAAUCCAGUCACUUCCAGAACUUCCUUCCUCCUUGCGGAGGCUUCAAAUCCUUGGUUGUAACCCGGUAUUAAUGCGGCGAUGUCGAAAGAGUAGAGGUCGUGAUUGGCACAAGAUUGCGCAUAUCCCAGAUCUGCGGAUUGUAGAAGAUAUACCAUCGUCAUAUUCAUGGAAUUCAUACUUGUAAUUUUUCUAUAUGCAAGUCGUCCCUUCUUUUUCCUGAGCUGGUUCCUGUUUUGUAGGCUAAGCUGAUGUCUUUAAAGUUUAACCCUAACUUAUUUGCCCCUUGGUGUAUUUUGACACAUUUGUAACAUUUAAGGCAUUUUCACUGACGCCUCCUAUUUGAUUUGCAUCUAGCAAUAUGGAACAGAGUGUUCUGAUUA